ACUUCGUAAGAGAGUUUCGAGUGGAUUGGGGCUCUCGAUCAAGAGAAGCUCGAUAAAUUCGGGCUCUUUUGAAUUCUCUUCAUCUUUUUUUUCCGAUUAUUCAUUUUCACAUAUUUUCAAGUUAUUAUCUAGGGUUUCAUCUUGCAUAGAGGAAUUUAAAGGUAGGAAAUUAGGUAGGUUUUAUAGAGGUUUGAUUCAUUGGUUUUUCGGUGCUUCAAACGCUAUGAGGAAGAAGCUGGAUACGCGUUUCCCAGCGGCUCGAAUUAAAAAGAUAAUGCAAGCUGACGAAGAUGUUGGGAAGAUUGCUAUGGCUGUCCCUCUUCUAGUAUCUAAAGCUUUGGAACUAUUUCUACAAGAUCUCUGUGACCGGACAUAUGAAAUCACCCUUCAAAGGGGAGCAAAGACUUUAAAUUCUAUGCACUUAAAGCAGUGUGUCCAGAGCUUUAAUGUGUUUGACUUCCUGAGAGAAAUUGUUGGUAAGGUUCCUGACCUAGGUGGUUCUGAUGCUGCAGGGGAAGAAAGAUCUGCAACUAAAAGAAGGAAAGUUGCUGAUGAUGACCAUAAUGAUGGUGAUGAGGACCUGAAGAGGGAUAAGCCGCCAGAGACUGUCUAUGCAAAUGGGAGUGGUCGAGGAAGAGGAAGGGGUAGGGGCAGAGGCCGUGGUAGGAUUAGUCGAGCUGAGAAAGAAGCAAAUGCAGCAGCAGCAUCUAAUUACGAGAAACAAGAAGGUGAUACUAAUAAACAAAAGCCGAUCCUUGAUUCAGUAGAAGAUGCUGACUCGAAAGAGAAUCACAACAUUUCAGCGACUGGAAAGACCGAAGACCAAGUUAAAAUUCGCAGCUUUGACCUUAACUUAGACUUGGAUGAGAACGGAGACACUCCAGCCAUAUCAAUGGCACCAGUUACUCCGUCAGGAUCAUCACUGAAGCCACCGACCAUUGAAAUGAAGCCUGAUGAAUUUCCAGGAUGGUCGUUGGCAGAUGUGGAGAAAAUGGCCAUUGAUCCAGUCCAGCUUGCUAACUUAAAUAGCAGAAUAGAUGAAGAUGAUGAAGAUUACGAUGAAGAAGGGUGAACAUCAGAUCCUCGUACAGGUUGGUUUAAAAGGGUUCCUUGUUUUCUUGUUUAGCGAAAAUAUCGUAGAUGCUAACUUUAGCGUAGUUGGUAGUAGAUAGACAAACAAACAUACGUGAAAACUAGGAAACGAGGAUAACUUGGUAGUGCCAAAAUCUUGAUGGUAGUUUAGAGAAGAUUGAAACAAGUAGGUUUUAUUCACUUGUUUUUCGUUUUUUUAUGUUUAUGGUGUAGGACCUUGCGAAUGUAAAUGGUAGGUGAAAAUUUUCUUUGAUAGUUUUCUUGUUCGACAUUA